AUGGAUUCGGUACAGAUUACCUCUUACGUAGAGGGAGUCUUCAAGGCUGCUAGCAAGCCCCUUCCUCAUCUUUGGCGAUGGGCCAAACUUACCGCCAGUUCGAAGAAGUUCCAACCGGACUUGACGUAUAAUCCAUGGGAUCUGGAUAUUACCCAAUUGGCCGACAUCUUUGAGGACGAAGCUAUGGCUUAUAUUGUACCGGCUACAUGGGCAGAUGCAUCGGAGGACAAGAAAGCGUUCCGUGAACAGCUGGCCGACGUCCUCGACCGUGAUCCUGCCACAUGGGAUCUCGAGGUGGAGAUUCAAGCUCCCCCUACGAGUAAGGCGAAAGGGAAAGGGAAGGCAAAGCAGGAGUUGGACUCUGAUGUCGAGGAACAGAACGAGUUAGACGAUCCAAACGUACCUAAGCAGUGCAAUUGGUGUCCAGGCCGCUUUCCCCCCGACCGACAUGGCGCACACCUAAGAAUUUGCGCUGGGUUUCAAAAUCGCUUCGACGAGGACAAUCACGACGUACCUCAAGGCUAUACCCCUGAUCCCUCGCCUCCAGUAGCAACAAGGCCACAACCAAAGGCUAAGGCUAAGGCUAAGGCUAAGACAUCCCCUCUCCCGGAGAAACCGGCCAACAUUGGGAAUACCAAAGUCAAAGUCAUGGAUUUGACUGGAACAACCCCAGAUGCCUUACCAUCGGCAAUGACAAUCCCUGAUUUCUACAAUCUAUGCGAACGUCAGCUCUUGAGCAUGGGUACCACCCAGUUUUUAGGCGUCAUCGCCCAAGUUCUGGAUCAACACCGUGACUACGAACUCGACACCCAAUCUACUCCUAAACCUGGUGCUGCUGCUGGUCCGUCGUUCGAAGAGUUUGCUUGGGAUCACAAUGCCAAGAGUCCCAGUCCUCCUGCCAUGUCUGGAGGGCCGUUAAGCGAGGAUGGUCGGAACGAUGUUCAUUCAGAACAUGACUCGGAUGUAGGGGAAGCAAUAGUGUUACAAGGCACAGACGUUGAGAAUCCGGUGCAAAACACAGUCCCUGUCGACUCCGUUGCUGUCGUUCAACAUGAUUCAGCUGAGGCACCGGCUGCACGUUCGGAUAGGCCUGUUAGGCUUACCAAGACUACUUAG